AUGUUAUGUGUAAAUUGGCUGAUGAUUUUGAAAAAAUGGACUGAAGACUUGCCUUUAAAACAUAUUAAAGCCGAUGAACAUGGUGAAAAUUCUACAUUUCAUAUGUCUACAAGCAGAAUAUCAUCAAAAACAUCUAAUCCGAAGAAAGAUGUCGAACUUAGAGCAUUGCAUCGUUGUCCAAAACUUAAAUAUGACUCAAAAUUAGCUAGUGAUUCACAAAAAUGGGCUGAACAUUUGGCUGCAACAAAUUGUUUACAACAUAGUAGAGCAGAUGACUAUGGUGAAAAUUUAGCAGUUCAUUUGUCUUCAGCCAAAGCAUCAAUGAAUGGUCGUGAAGCAACUCGAAUAUGGUACGAUGAAAUUAGCAAAUAUGAUUUCAAUAGACAACAUCAACCCUCGUACAGGUUUUUUUUCCCUGUACGUAUUUAUGCAUGCGUUUAUCCAAAAGAAUUAAUUUAUCGCUACUUGUCUCACAGAAAAUUAAUUUCAAAUGUACCAAUUCCUUUAUACAAUAUUUCAAAUUGUUACAUCACUAUAAUGCAACGAGAUUCUUUUUUCUUUUCCUCUUUCAUCUACAAAAAUUUACGCAUCAUCCUUGUAAAUUGA